CCCUUUCCCUUCUUAACACUUUAAUACAAACAAACCCCCCACAAUUUUUGGUCAGGCUGUGGACCGAAGAGAGAGAAGAAGGAGCGGGAAAAACAAACGAGGAGAGAGAGGAGGGAAGAGCGUAGGAAAUCAGUGACGAAAAUGAGGGAGAGGGGAAAAUCGGGGCAGCCAUCGGUGGACGAGAGGUACACCCAAUGGAAGUCUCUGGUUCCCGUCCUCUACGACUGGCUCGCCAACCACAACCUCGUCUGGCCUUCUCUCUCAUGCCGGUGGGGUCCACAACUAGAGCAGGCAACUUACAAGAAUCGCCAACGUCUCUAUCUGUCUGAACAGACUGAUGGUAGUGUUCCAAACACUCUUGUAUUGGCAAAUUGUGAAGUUGUAAAACCAAGGGUUGCUGCAGCAGAGCACAUAUCGCAGUUCAAUGAGGAGGCACGCUCUCCUUUUGUAAAGAAGUUUAAAACCAUUAUACAUCCUGGAGAGGUCAACAGAAUCAGGGAGCUGCCACAGAACAGUAAAAUUGUGGCCACACAUACUGACAGUCCUGAUGUUCUCAUUUGGGAUGUCGAGGCUCAGCCUAAUCGUCAUGCUGUACUUGGAGCUGCUGACUCUCGUCCAGAUUUGAUAUUAACUGGGCAUCAAGAUAAUGCAGAAUUUGCGCUUGCCAUGUGUCCAACAGAACCUUUUGUUCUAUCUGGAGGAAAAGAUAAAUCAGUUGUUUUAUGGAGUAUUCAUGAUCAUAUAACUGCUUCAGCGGCAGACACAAAAUCACCAGGUUCUGGGAGCUCAAGCAUUAAAAGUGCGUCAAAGGCUAGUGCUGCUACUGACAAAGCUACAGACAGUCCUUCUAUUGGACCACGUGGUAUCUAUCAAGGGCAUGAGGAUACUGUUGAAGAUGUGCAGUUCUGUCCUUCAAGUGCACAAGAAUUUUGUAGCGUAGGUGAUGAUUCUUGUCUUAUACUAUGGGAUGCACGAACUGGUACGAGUCCAGCUGUCAAGGUUGAGAAAGCUCAUAAUGCUGAUUUGCACUGUGUUGAUUGGAAUCCUCAUGAUGAAAACCUUAUUCUAACUGGGUCGGCUGAUAAUUCCGUUCGCAUGUUUGACCGGCGAAACCUGACUUCUGGUGGUGUUGGAUCGCCUAUCUAUAAAUUUGAAGGUCACAAAGCUGCUGUUCUUUGUGUGCAGUGGUCUCCGGACAAGUCAUCUGUCUUUGGCAGCUCUGCAGAGGAUGGUUUCUUAAACAUUUGGGAUUAUGAGAAGGUUGGUAAGAAGGACCGUGUUGGAGCAAGAAUGCCAAAUUCUCCACCAGGCUUAUUUUUCCAACACGCAGGACACAGGGAUAAAGUUGUUGAUUUUCAUUGGAAUGCAUCUGAUCCGUGGACAAUAGUUAGUGUAUCUGAUGAUUGUGAAAGUACUGGUGGAGGUGGGACACUACAGAUAUGGCGGAUGAGUGAUCUGAUUUACAGGCCAGAAGAAGAGGUCUUGGCUGAGCUCGAGAAGUUCAAAUCACACAUACUCAGUUGUUCAUCAAAAUCUUGAGAUGGUUGCUAAAAAACCUUGGGGCUGCAACGCAUUAACAUUGUUGGUCAAUGGGGAAGGCACCAUCUUUAUGGGAAACUCCUUGAUUUUCCUUCCUAAUAGAGAUGAUGGAAAUGCUCUAGUACUUUAGGUGUAUUUUGGUAACUGUUGUCUCUUAGGUACAACGAGUUUGGUUAUCGAUCAGUAUUUCGAUUUGGUUUACCAUCUAUAAUUAUUACAUGAUCUUUGUUCUAUUCUAAGAUUGCAUUAUACUCCCUUUAGAGUUUAUAGUUUAGACUAGUACAUGGAUUUGCAGUCUGGCUCUCGGUUUCUGAUAAAUGCUCUACAGUUGUCCGUAGGACAUGCUUGUAAGUUGUAGUUUUUGUUUGGAUUGCAUUCUUGAUUGCAGAUUAAGGGAGAAGUUUACCUGAUGA